AUGGAAUGGCUCUCCAAAUGUAUCAAUGAUUUUUAUUCAUCGCCUUGUUCAAACAAUGCACCUGCAACAGCACUGCCACCUAUUGUGACGGAACCUUUGCCAUCGGUAAUUCCCGUCAGUUGCGUUGGAUGUACCAAACCUUGUAUAUCCCAUCCUCUAGUCCCUUCCCAUCUCAACAUUGACCAAUCUCGCCCCUUGAACAACACCGUACCACCCUAUGCUGUUCAUCUCAUUAUAUUGACUGGUAAAACGGAUUGGGCCGCCCACAUUGAAGACGAAGGAUUAGCGGCAGCGUUGAUCAAGGCCAUCGAUGAACGGAAACGCCAGGGCACAGAUCAACGAUCGGAAAGGAACCGAUACUUUGCACUUGGAUCGAUGAAAAAGGACGUCAAGCAACGAAUUGUGGUGACGAAUGCGUCUUUGCCAUCGCAGUAUUCGACCAAACGCGGUGCUUCCGAUGUGCUUCUCAUGCCGGAUAACGUCGUGAUCAGCAACGUGACCGCUCGUCAAGCGCAUGCGCUACUUGACUUUGUUUUUGGGAAACCUAGCCAUCUGUUUGAAACCUUUCCUAUGGAAACUCAUACCUUGAUAUUGAUCUGUGGACACGGUAACAAGGAUCGGCGUUGUGGCACCAUUGGGCCAAUGUUGCAACGAGCGCUCCAGCAAGCGUUGCACGAAGCUAACGACCACCAAGCGCAGGUCGCUUUGGUGAGUCACUUGGGAGGUCAUGCAUUUGCUGGCAAUGUGGUGGUGUACACGUAUCAGGGGCAGCGAGCAAUUUGGUAUGGUCGAGUCACCCCUUGCCACUGCAAAGAGAUUGUUCAGCAAACGAUUCAAAACGAUUACGUUCUACAGGACUUGGUGCGUGGCAUCUUUGAGGUGGAUGGGAUUAAGGAAAAGACCUCAUGUCGGUCCUCACAGUUGGAUUGGUGA